GAAUGGUAAUGAAAGUAGGUUGGUUUACAUCCAAAUGACUAUUAGACUCUAACCUCUUUGGGAUCUCAUUGUGUACUGAGCUGAAGCAGUAAAAGUGUGUCACACUGCAACAGCUUGGGUGCCCUGCUGGUGGCCUGGACAACUAGGACAGAGAAUUGAAAUUGGGUAAAGCCAGAGGACAGAAAACCAUUGGAAAUCUGUUGUACAAAGCCUGACAUGGUUCACUUGUGCGUGUCCAUUUCAGAAGAUGGUCUCAGGCUCGAGUCGGUACAAAAAGGAUCACCAAAGACUGUGCGAAGUAAGGGAAAGAAAGCGAUUAAUAUGGCUACUCUGCGGCGCCAACCAAGAGCCAGAACAGCUGCAACUCGGCAGGAUCGUGGCUCCUGCUCUUCCACCGCAUCUUGCCCUGUCUUCUCUGGACCAUACAGUGACCAAGAAGAAAACCCACCGCUACGCCGCCAAUCCUCUCCUUUACUACUCAAAGGUUCUCUUUCCAGUCUACACAGCUCUACCAGUCCAAACCCCAAAGGUUCCCUUUCUGACCUCCAGGGGUCUGUUCCUUGCCUCCAAGGAUCAUUGCCACGUCUACAAGGAUCUCUGCCCAGCUUCUGGGGCUCUUUAUCCAGCCUGAGGGGAUCAAUCUCUCGGUUGAAGAGGAGGUCGCUUAGAAGCCUGGACAACUCAAGCCCCAGCCCUAGCCCCAGUGAGAGGAGUACCAGCCCCAGCCUACAGAGCGGCAAUGGAAGCUCCAGUGAUGAUGAUGGCAGUUGGGACACUAAUAGCUGGAGCUCAGGGGCCACCUGCCUGCUACGGACUCCUGUUAAGCAAGAUAGCAAUGAGGCAUCAGGUGAAAAACCUUUCCAUACAGACCAUGCAUCUGCUACUGCCAUGGAUGAGCCUGAAAUCAUUUACCAAAAUCUUAUCUUCUCACAUCCUGCUACUAAAACUGAAAGUAAAGGAGAUUGUGCACCUGAAAGUUCUUCCACAGUGCUAAGGAAAGACGUGGGAACCCAAAGUGUGUCCUCAUCUUGCCUUAGCAAGAAUUCUGCUACAGUCUCAUCCCAUCAGCAAGAUGAGAUGACCAACAACAGGCGAAAGUUCUCGCAGUUUCUGAAUGACGUGACCUGCAGGGUGUUUAAAUCUAAGGGCAGUCCUCCUCAACAACAGUCUACCCUUCGACAUUGCUACCCAUCUCCUCCACCACCGCCAUCAUCAACACCCUUUCAACGAUUACUAACAACCACACUGCAUUCAACACCAGCAAGCCUGCCACCACCGUCUACAUCAGCUACAAACUUGUGGUACACCCAAGCCAGCUCAAACCUCCAGACCAUCAAGGAGUAUGAUUCAAAGGGCAUUACCAGCCCCAUCCACCAGUGGAGCAAGACAUUACCCAGCUGUAAGAUCUUGGAGCCUGGGGAUGUGUUGAGGAAAGUGAAAGGGGAAAGUCACCCAUACCGAGAGCAAAACCUGGAGUUAUGCACAAAGAUCCAAGCGCAACCCCCCACUGGGAGACUUUAUCUGGAGACAGACAUUGACAGUGUGAGGCGACUUGAUGAACUGGUAGCUAAUGACACCCUGGGGAAAGAGAUAAAUGAGAACAUGCCGGAGAAGGUUAUGAAGAGAGAAAAGGAGAGGGAAAACAGGUUUUCAUGGGAGAUAAAUGGGAGAUCAGGGAUGGAAAGAGGCAAGGAGAGGGAGAAGAAAAAAGAGAACCUCUGGGAGAGAGACAGAGGAAUCGAGAAAAGGAAGGAAAAGGAUAACGUAAGAGAGAGGCCUUGCUGGGAGAAAGACAGAAGGAUGGAAAGAGGGAGGGAGAACAGUUAUGAGCCCCCUCCUCCUCCUCCUCCUCAAUCAACUUCCAGUAAAUGGAGUAACACCUGCCCUGUCUUCAGCUGGCCAGAGGGCUUUCCCAGAAUGUCCUACAGAUCUACCUCACUCUCCAGACCUGUUAAUAUCACUGAAUCUGAUGGAGAGAUGCAGCAUGACACGAGCUACUUCCACGACCACAAGGAUGACCUCCGUAAGCGCCUGUCGUACACCACCCACAAAUUAGAGAUGGUGGAGACGGAGUUUGAUUCCACUCGGCAGUACCUCGAGACAGAGCUGCGCCGGGCCCAGGAGGAACUGGAGAAAUUUACAGAGAAACUACGCAGGAUUCAGAGUAGCUAUGCAGCUCUUCAGAGGAUCAACCAGGAUUUGGAGGACAAGAUGCACAGGACGUCCCAGCACCAUGAAGAGGAAAAGAGAGCCCUCAGCCGGGAAAUCCUCCUCCUCAACAAUCACCUCAUGGAGGCGAAGAUCACCAUCAAUAAACUCAGAGAGGACAAUGACCUGUACAGGAAAGACUGCAACCUGGCAGCCCAGCUGCUGCAAUGCUCCAAGUCUCACUACAGAGCACACAAGAUGUCUGAGCUGCCGCUGGACUUGCAGGAACGCAUCAGUUCCCACAUGGAUAAACAUAAUCGGGGUAGCAGCGCCUCCAUAGCAAGGUGCCACUCCAAUUACUCUGAUGCCGUGCCCACAUCCAUAAUUGGCAAGGUCCUGGAAAAGCCCGAACCAGGAAGCAGUUGCCCUGUAACACGCUCACCCAGCCCGCAGCCACAGGAUGGAGACUUUCUUACAGCAACAGGUAGCAAUGAUCACCUGAACCGCCGCAUUUCAUAUAAAACAUCUGACCUGUACUGUAGCGAUACGGCUCUCUACUGCCCUGAGCGAUGGCAAGAUACAGAGCGUAGGCAGAGUGUCGACCUCCACGGCACCGGUCUGCUCCAGCUUGACGCUCAGAACUCCAUUGACAGCAACCCAGAUGAAGAGACCUACCACUCUGAAAGUUUCUCUAACCAUGAGCCUCCAUCCUCAUUCCACCACCACGAUGACUUCGGCACUGGUAGCCUCCCUGCCUCUAGUUCCUACUCUAGCUUCAGUCUUGCAUCAGACGAGAAGGGAGGAGUUAGUGGUGGUGGUUGUGGGCGUACUGCAAGCAGCACCUUAUCCUCUUCACACCAGGGUCUCUAUAUGGAUUGGCGAGAUGGUGGCAGUGGGGACUAUGAGCGCAAAAGCAUGUCUUCUUAUGAUAAAGACAGCCCAAGCUUCCCCAAGUCCCUCAGCAUCCAGCACAUGGUGAUCCCCAGGAGCCCGCAGAAGGGCACCUCACCAGGGUACACAAGAACGGCUUCAUGCUUCAGUGAACCAUACCAUUCCAGCACCCCUCGCCUGGCCUCCUCUCACAGCAUGGGGUCCACAACUGGACUGGGCCAGGCUCGUCGAGGAGCUCUGGACAGCCAAGGUGACAUCCAGGUCCCUGAGGACGACCUAAGCAGCCGCUGGAGACAGCUCAGCGUGGAAGACAUCAACACGUUCGCAUCCUACCCUAAUAUCCCAGGGCGUGUCUCUCCAUACAGUUUCUCUGAGCGCCAUUUUGCUAUGGGACCCUCCAGCAAGGUCAAGGGGUCUCUCUACAGCAGCUUUCAAGAAGGAGAUGACGUCUUCCACAGCCGCGUGCUGGACCAGUGUUUUUCUGUGGGUCCCCCUUCGCCCAACCGCAGUCAGAAACCCAUGGAGCAUCAUAAGCAGGAGAAAACGUCUAUGCUAUAUAGAGCCAAGGAGGACAGUCAGGACUCCGAGUGCAGUUUGUUCCUCUCAGGGAGCUCUAAAGAGAAGGAGAGCGGUGGGGGAGCAACAGCAGCAAGUAGUGCCAAGGACUACGUAAAUCUGAGUGCAGACAGCUCAGCUGAGUCCUUACACCAAAGCUCCCUCGAAGCCUCAAGUCUUCAACACUACCCCAGCCCCAGGCCGAGCGUCCGGCCUCGCCCGAGCUCCAGCUCCGCUCUCAGUGUCGGUCCCGCACUCCCAAAGAAGACCUCUCCAAGAUACCAAAAAUUUGGCAGCACAGGACUGACCAGGAAGGACAGUUUGACCAAGGCACAGCUAUACGGUACGCUGCUGAACUGAGCGGAGACAGAGAGCGCUUCAUUUUAUGCAUGAUGAUGAUGAUGAUUCCUAACUUACUGUACUGUACUGUCUCAAAAAUCCCCAGCAGCAAACACAUACUUGGUGUGAUGGGAUAUUAAGAUGUUGUUGUUUUAUGUAUCUCUUAGCCAAGGCACGUUUCAUGCAGUCUUCAACACUUUUUCUAUUGUAUGUCAUGAUACGGUGUAGCUACCUAAAACCAGCUAUUCAGUAUGUUUUUGUUUCAAUGACAAUGAUGAUAGUUAAAGCCACCGGGAAUUUCUCUAAGAAAUACAACACAGACCCGGCUACAUGAACAUACUGGGCUAUUUCUUUUUUUUUUGGUGUUAAGUACUGUUAGUAAAACCAGCAAAAGACCAUUAAUUCCUGCUCUAAUAAUAAUAUAAUGGACUAAAGCGUGUUGAAUGGGGUGGCUUAAUUAAACAUGUUUGGGAGAAGGAAGGUUAUCCAUUAUAUGGUGACUGCAAGCUGUUUAAAAUAUAUAUUUAUGCUUUAUUUUGUCUUAAACAAAAUACAUGAUAUAUAAUGCAUAUAAAUAAGAUGGAAAAACUAAUUUCCAGCUAAAUUGUUUCUCAUGGGCACAUUAUCUGUAAACGCUACUUACUAACCACUUCAAAAUUGGCUAAACAAGAGAUAUUUAAAAAAAAGUAUUUUACGUAAAUGCUAUGUUAUAUUUAUAGCAAGAGACUCCUGAUAAUAACAAUACGUUGCCAGGUGAACAACAAAAGAAAUGUAUACAUUCAGUAGAAAUGGUUAAAUAGAACUGUGAGAUUUUUAGCUGGGAUUUUUCUUAUUUUUGUAUUAAUAUGAGGCUCCAAAGUAGUUACCCUCAUACCAGGAAACUUGUGAAAUUGCCUUAAUCCUGUUCAGUGGACAGAAUGGUCUCCUUUACAAUAACUGUGUACAUACUGUAUUAUCUUCUGUAUUGUUACUGUACGUAUACACUACUGUUACAGCGUAUGCUCUUCCUGUCAGACAUAACACACACAGGCCAGUUUCUUUAGAAAAGGAUUAAGUCCGUUCUUAGACUGGGGAUAUUUUUCAGUGGAGCUCUCCAUUAAAAUUUGUUUUUAGUUCAAGACUAUGAGGAUUAAUCCCUGUCUAAAAAUCUGGCACACGCAGCCAAAUGUCUACCCCGAUACAAACUCUUAAACCCUGAUAGCACUAGUUGCACAAAACAAAAAGUGCUGGAUCUUCUGGUUUUCAGGAGAGAUUAAUUGUAACAUUCUCCAGGCAAGCUGGCAGUUCUGCAAUGUAUGCUCAAAAAGUUGGACUGAGAAGGGGGUAUGAAACGACUGAUUAAAGACAAACAUGUACAGUGUGUUGUUUUCAAACCAGCAUGCUCAAUUAGGCUAUUUUAGAGAAAACACUGUGCAUGUAUAUAUGCGAACAUAUAAAGUGGCAAAGACAUGCUGUCCUGUUGAUGAAUUCAAAAAAAAUAUAACAAGACUGCCUUAUGUUAAAUAAAGAGUUGCAGAAGGGCUGUCCUGCUGCCCCACAAUCAUGCUACCAUCUGUUCUUGUUACUAGUAUAGAUGGGGGGGGAAAACGUCCCCAUAUAUACUACACUAGAUUUCUAGAUACUAGAAAACAACAAUGUUCUAACGUGUGUGCCCUUUGGCAUGAUAGUUCUUGAAGGAUUUCUUCCUGCCUGCGUAGCUCUACAGAUCUGAGAGGAAUGGCGAAAGGGAUAAGCUAAAUAAUGGGAACUCAGCUUUGCCCUUGAGCAGUCGCGUAUAGAUUUUUCUGGAAGUCCAUGCCUCUACCUCUCCCAUUCCUGCAGAUCUGGGAACUGGCUUAAGGCUGUUUUUUUUUUUUUUUUUUUUUUUUUAAAGAUUUAAAAACUCACUCUUCUUUUUGACCUUGGCAUGUUAUGAAAGUGAAAUUGCACACAUGACACACAAAGUCUCCAAUCAUAUUCUUAUUUGGUACAAUAAACAUCUAAAGGGUUAAAAAGGUUUGGAAUUAAAUGUAAUCAAUGUACAGAGGGAGUAAGAGGAUAUAUUGUAUUUUUGUUGCGGACAUAAUGUAUGAAAAGAAAUAUAGAUACUACAUAUACAAUUGUUAUUACACUUUGACUAUUUUUUAUCCAGUUUCAGUUGAUGUUAUAUUUAUCGAAUGUUUUGACCCUGAAUGAAGAGGCUGAAGCGGUUCUGUCCUGUUCUACCUCCAGCCUUGUUCCAGGAACAACAGGCCAGCUGUUUAAAUGUCAACAUAUUUGUCCGUCUGAUGCAUGGUUAUAUAUUUUUGCUGUAUGUUUAUUUACUUAAUAAAGAUGAGUGUUGGGAAAUACA